GGUUUGGCUCCUCGCAACACAGCGACUGCCGUGGUGAGCUUUGUACUCUGUCGCCGGAAAUUUACUCUUGGUUACGGUUUUGACGAAUUUCAUAUAGGAAUCGUAAAAGCUUGGGAAUUCUUUCAUGGUUCAAUUCAAUCCCGUUUAGGGUUUAGUUAUUAGUGUAUCUGAAUAACUUCUCUCUAAAAAGAGAGGUAAAGAAAAUCAGUAAGGGCAAAGUUUUGAGCCAAAAUGUCCAUGGGUAGGCCUAAGGACGGGGACUUGCAACUGAUGGCGGCCCCAGAAAAAUCGAAGUCGCUACUCCUCCCACCUCGGCCUCCAGUAUCGGGUGCGGGAUCAAUGGCGCUUGUGGAAUACACGCCGGUCUUAACGGAAGAGGAGGAGGAUUUGGAGGUCAAGCUCCGGCGAAUCUUUGAGAAUGUUCCAGUUCGUGUCAGCAAUACCUCUGGUAGCUCUGCUGGUUCUGGAUCUGGUGACUUUCACCAGUAUCGGCAAAUGAGGAGGAAGGAACAAGAUCGGCUUGCCAGAAUGGAUGUUGACUACCAGAAAAGGAAGGAAAUAACAGAAUUCAACAUGCGGAGGGAAGAAAGAUUGAAAGCUGCAGAGGAACGAACAGCAAAGAAGCGUUUGAAACGGCAAAAGAAAAGGCAGAGGAAAAAGGAAAAAGAAGAGCAAGUUGAAUGCCAGCGGAGAAGAGCAUCAGAAAGAAGACGAGGAUGACUCGGAUAACGAUGCAUAAAACUAAACAAACUUAUAUCGAAUAAGUGUCUCCGAGCUGAAGGAAGUAGAGGAAACAAACUUCAUGAGAUUUGAGCCCUUUGUAUGGUCUAGUUUUCUGUUAUUGAUUGAAGCAACUUCCUAAGCUAAACUUGUAUGUACAUUGUCUAGGGAAAUGUCAGAGUCUAGAGGGAAGAUGACUGGGGGAAAACUUCAGAAAUGGUUGAUAUACCUGAAGAGAUUUGCUCUAUUGAAUGUAAUCAUUUUAUGUUAACA